AUGGAGCGGGCAACGCAAGGUUAUUGCAAAAGCGGCGGGGAUGAUAUGGAGCGAUUGGUGCGUGGGCGAGCGGUGAUGCGAACGCGGCCCGCCGUGUCGUUGCAGGUGACCGUCUGCUGCGGCUGCGCGGGCGGAGGCGCUGCUAGCAGCGGCGGCUGCAGCCUCCCGUGGCCGUGCCUCCCAGCGCGAGCGGCGGACGCUGCGGCGCCGGUGGCAGCGGGCGACAGGAGAACAGAAGCGGCGACUGGAGAAAUCGCAGAGAUAGAAGGGGGGAGGAGGAACGCCAGUGUCGGAGGCGGCGCAGAAGGCGAGGGCGGCGGAAACGGAGCUAGAAGAGGAGGCGGCACCUUCGAGGACUUCGCGUGGGCGGAGGCGUCGAAGACGACGGGCGAGGCGUUGGCGGAGGCAGAAGAAGAGGUGGCGGACUCGGAGGCGGAGACAGAGGGUGCUUGGGAAGAGAAGCUGAAGGUGCCGGUGGUGCUGGAGAUUGAAGCAAAAGCGAGGGUGGGGGAGGAGAAGGUGGCUGAGCCAGAGAAGAUGGUGAUAGUGAAUCCGAAAAUCCGGAUAGAAAGACGAGAAAUGCGGGGUCGGCGAGCCAGCCGUAUGUGGGAGCGUAGGCGAAGUGUGUCGUUUAGCUCAUGGCGCAUCGGAAUGCUUCAUCAUCAGCAAAGAAAGAGGGCAACGGGCAGGUGCGAAGGCAAGUGCGACGGCGUUCAAGCCAGGGAGUGGGAAGGUGGGAUGAAAAGGGCUCAGAUGGACGAACGUUAG